AUGUCUUUCGCUCGAAGCUGCCUCCUGCUCAUCGCUUCCUUGGCGUCCUUGGCCCAUGGCAAACGACAGCUUUCGCCCUCCAACAUGACCAUCUCCAGCAAGUACUUCCAUCAUAACUCUGAGAUCCCAGCAUACUUCACCUGUGACGGCCCGAACGUCUCCCCGCAGCUCUCAUGGUCGUCGCCGCCCGGCGCUCAGAGCUUCGUCUUGCUCAUGAAGGACACGAGCAGUCUUGCGAAGAAGACAGAAAGAAUACACUGGAUAGGAUGGGACAUCCAAGGGAACGGGGUCGACAACGAUGCUCGAUUGCCCAUGGAAGGAAACAGCGACUUUGAGCAGACGGCCGGGUACCGCGGCCCAUGUCCUCCCAAGGGCGACAGUCACCACACAUACAGCAUCGAGCUGUUUGCGCUCAACGUGUCGACGUUGGGCACGAGGCUGAAGAUGUGGAGCAAGUGGAAUGAUGUAAGGAAGGAGAUGAGGCGUCAUCUCAUCGACAAGGCGAGCUUCACGUUCUUGUACAAGAGAGGAGCUGCGAUGGUCAAUCUACCUGCCCCAGUCGCCGAGAGGAGGGAGUCAAUGGUCCUCACGAUGAACUUCCUUGUUAACCCCUCUGUGUUUGUCAAGUCCGACGCACGGUCGAAGCGAGAACAGAUAUCGGAAAUAGAAGAGAAGCUUGAUGCAGCCUGCGAUUCCAACCACUACAUGAAUCAUCCAUUCCCUCCUAGACAGAUCUCGCAUGCUUGUCAAUAUCUGCUCUCUGAAUUUGAGGAGGCUGGAAAGGCCUUCAUGCAUCCAAAGGGAGAUGACCGAAUGUUGGAGCUCUGCAUGCAGAUGACGGGAGUUUGUAGAGGGUAUGAUCCUGAACAGAUUCCUCUCCUUGGGCGAGAAGGAGCGGCAGAAGACGUCGACGAGAUGGGAAGGCGAUGGGUGAGGCAAGCAAAGUGCUCUCAAGGGUAUAAGGAAGUGGAUGGAGCAUGUGUCAGAGCAGAGGAAGGUUGA